AAAUUCCAGCACAAAGUGAGAGUAUAUAAAUCAAGAAAGCUAACCCAUGAGAAUACAAGAGUGAGGCCACUCACAAAACAAAAGUGAGAGAGAGGAGGUAUCAAUCCUUUCUCCUCAUUCUUUCAUCUCUUUCCCAAUCUUCCUCUUUUUCACACCCCCUUCAUUUUCUUCUCUCUUUCUUGUAUCCCUCUUUCCAAAUCUAACUUGCUCAAAUUACUCACAUUUUCCCCUUUAUUUUGUGCACUCAAAUCAUCAAGAAAUCAAGGUUUUAAUUUUUUUUUUUUUAUUAUUGUUAGUAACUUCAAAUUUUACACAAACACAAAAAAAAAAAUCAUUUUUUUACACCUUUUCUUGGUAAAAACAUGUCAACAGCUAUAAAUAUAUACAAUAGCAACAAAAACAUUACACAUGGUUUCUUAGAUCCAUAUAAUGAAGAACUUAUGAAAGCACUUGAGCCUUUUAUCAAAAGUGAUUCUUCAUUAAUCUCUUCUUCCACACAUCAACAAUCACACUUUCCCUCAACUUCUUAUUCACCAUUUUCACCCAAUUACUUCACCUACGAAACCCAAACAAGCUCAAUUGGACUUAACCAACUCACCCCAUCACAAAUCCUUCAAAUUCAAACCCAAAUUCAAAUUCCCCAAAAAAGCCAUCUUUCUCAAAAGCCCGUUUCCAUGAAGCACUUUUCAACUCCUUCAAAACCGAUGAAACUCUACCGUGGAGUUAGACAACGUCAUUGGGGAAAAUGGGUUGCUGAAAUAAGACUCCCAAAAAACCGUACUCGUCUCUGGUUAGGUACAUUUGAAACUGCAGAGGAAGCAGCUUUUGCUUAUGAUAACGCAGCUUAUAAGCUUAGAGGUGAAUUUGCACGACUCAAUUUUCCUCACAUGAGUCACCAUGAAAAUUACAAUCCUCUCCCUUCUUCCGUUGAUUCAAAGCUUCAAGCUAUUUGUGAAACUUUAGCCAUUUCUCAAAAACAGGGGAAACAGGGGAACAAUGAAAAACCCUGUUCCUCUGUUGUUGAAGAUGUAAAACCGGUUGUUUGUAUUCCUACAAAACCGAAGGAUGAAUUGGUUUGUCACAAGUUUGAGGAUUUUAAGGUUGAGAAUGAGAAGACAAUGAUUUCAUCUAUGUCUGAUGAAUGUUCAACUUGUUUGUCAUCUCCAGAAUCUGGUAUUACUUUCUUGGAUUUCUCAGAUUCUAGCCAUUGGGAUGAAGUGGAGAAUUUUGGGUUGAAGAAGUACCCUUCUGUUGAAAUUGAUUGGGAAGCUUUAUGAGUCUUUGAAGUGAUUUAGCAUUACUCUGUUUUUUGGUUUUAGUAUAAGUUUCUGUGCUCUGUAAUUUUAUUUGGGGUAUGCUUUAUUUAAGGUAUGUUAUGGUGUCUUUGGCAGCAUCUGCAAUGAAGUUUUUGACAUAUGCAGAUGUUUUUAAUGAGACAAUAUGGAAAUUUUAGGCUACUAAAUUAGAGUGUCAUCUUAGUGGUUACUAUGGUCUUCUUGGUCUGCUGGUGUUUUUUUGUUCCUUGCAUGAUCAUAUAGGAGUUUCUAUUUGUGUAUUGGUUAUUUCUUGUUCAACUUAA